AUGAAAUCAACAACCUUCCGCGGGGUCCCCGUCCCCAUCGAGCCUCUCGAGGCCCCGAUCCCAGGCCGCGAUGGCUACACCGGCCUCAACCCGCGCACCGAAACCCUCCCCGCAGGCUGGAAACACCCUUCCCCAUCCGCCCGUCCCCUCCCCUCGCCCAUCCUCGUCGAGCGCGACGUCGCCAUCACAGUCCGCGACGGCACAACCCUCUACGCCGACGUCCUCCGCCCUCCCACCUCCAACUCCACCUCCAAAGUCCCCGCGCUGAUUUGCUGGUCCCCCUUCGGCAAGUCCUUCAACGGCCUCGCCUCCCUCUCCUACAUGACGCCCUGGUCCCUCGGCAUCCCCGCCGGCACGCUCUCCGGGCUGGAAAAGUUCGAGGCCCCGGACCCCGCGGACUGGGUGCCGCGCGGCUACGCCAUCGUCAACGUCGACUCGCGCGGCGCCUUCAACUCCGGCGGCGUGAUGGCCAUCAUGGGCACGCAGGAGGCCGAGGACGGGUACGACACGAUCGAGGCCGUGGCCGCGCUGCCGUGGUGCUCGGGCAAAGUCGGGCUCGCGGGGAAUUCGCACCUCGCGAUCGCGCAGUGGUUCAUCGCCGCGCUGCGGCCGCCGUCGCUUGCGGCCAUUGCGCCGUGGGAGGGCUGCGGGGACUUGUACCGGGAGCAGUUCGCGCGCGGGGGGAUAUACGCGGGGGACUUGUUCGACCGGCUGAUUGUGCAGCACAUGCUCAAGGGCCGCGGCGGGCUGGAGAGCUUCCGGGAGAUGUACAAGGAGCGGCCGCUUGCGAAUGCGUGGUGGAACGACAAGAGACCGGAUAUGAAGAGGAUUAAUGUGCCGACGUAUAUCACGGGGACGUGGACGAACACGAUGCACGGGAUGGGCGCGAUCCGGGCGUGGAUGGAGGUUGAGAGCGAGGAUAAGUGGUUGAGGUGGCACCCGUGGCAGGAGUGGUACGACCUCUGGGGGAAUGAGAGGGCGAAGGAGGAGCUGUUUGCGUUUUUUGAUUGUUUCUUGAAGGGGGAGGAGAACGGGUGGAGGAGCACGCCGAAGUGUAGGAUGGCGCUGUUGCGGUUUGGGAAGAAGGUGCCGCAGGCGAUUGAGGACAUUGUGGAGGAGGAGUUCCCGCCGAAGAGGACGGAGUACAGGGAGAUGUUCUUCGGGGCGGAGGGGAAGUUGUUGGCGGAGGCGCCGAGAGAGUCUACGAGUGUGGGCUACGCGUCGGCGGAUGGGGAGAGUGUUGGGUUUACGUUCACAUUUACUGAGACGACGCGGGUGAUGGGUUUGCCCAAGGCGGUGCUGUUCAUGUCAUGUCCUGAUCACGAUGAUAUGGAUGUGUAUGUCAUGAUCCAGAAGCUGGACAAGGAUGGGACGCAGAUGAAGAACCUAAACAUCCCGUGGGAGGGUAUUCCGGUCAAGAGCUUUGAGGAGUUCAAGCCAGAGGAGGAGACGGAGGUUGUGCUUUACAAGGGGCCUGUGGGCAUCUUGAGGGCGUCGCAUCGGGCCAUCGACCAGAGCAAGAGUAUGCACCCUCACUGGCCGUACCAUCCGCAUGAGAAGGAGGAGAAGAUUACGCCCGGAGAGGUGGUGAGGUUAGACAUUGGGAUCUGGGCCCUCGGCGUUGAGUUCGAGGUGGGAGAAGGAGUGAGGGUCGUUGUCAGUGGAAAGAGCUUCGCGGUGAACAACUUUGGGCUUGAUCAUACCCUGAAUCGAGGCCGACAUGUGGUGCACUUGGGAGGGGAGUAUGCUAGCCGUGUCGUUCUGCCGUUUGUAUAG